AUGGCAGCCCCAAUGCAUCAGCUGGUGAACAGUAUAAUACCUGCCUAUGCAUGCCCGGCGGGCACUAAGAUGCACAUCCUGAACCUUGGUACACUGACAGUCGAUGAGGGUUGGUACGUUUUCAGAUGCCCACAAGCCCUCGAGCGAAAAGGCCUGACGAUUCGGUUGGGAACGUUACUGAUCAAUGUACAUGCGCCUCUUAGGUUACUUAUGGGUGUUAAUGGCGGAUCAGCCAGCAACCCUAACCCCACAAAUAAGCGAAGAGACUUGAUGUUGAUUGCCGGGUUAAUCGAGCACCCCGAAAUGGGUCUGAUUCUUUUCGAAUGCGGCAGUAGCGAGGAUGCACAUACACAAUGGGGUGCAGAAGCAGUUGAUCUCUUUCCCCGAACGACCUAUGAUGAGAGUCACCAUCUUCCUAAGGCAAUAGAAAGUGCGGGAUACAGUAUAAAAGAUGUCAAAGCAGUGAUAAUGGGUCACUUGCAUCUAGACCAUGCUGGUGGACUAGAGCACUUCAAAAACACGCAAAUCCCCAUUUAUGUGCACGAAGAAGAAUUCAAGAACGCUUGCUGGGCAGCUGGCACAAAAUCCGACGCGGGACUCUACCUUGCGGACUAUCUCCAUCUAGACGGUGGGAUUAACUGGCAGACAUUCAAUGACUCCCAUCUCGACCUUUGCACCGGAAUAACCCUCUAUCAUUGUCCCGGGCACACUCCGGGCCUUUGCAUUAUGCAAGUCAACCUACUACGCGAUGGUACUUUUAUCUGGACAACGGACCAGUACCAUGUGCGAGAGAACUUCGAUUCUAAUUGGGCUCAUGGGUGGCUUCUUCGAGAUUAUCGGAGCUGGAUUGACAGCGGAAAGCUCAUUCGAAGGUUACAGAAAGCUUUCUCAGCUACCUUGAUAUUUGGACAUGACUAUGCCACUGCGGACGCGCUCAUUAAGUCCGGACCUUAUUUAGAAUAG